AUGAAUAUUAUGACGUUUUUGACAAAUGUUACUGAUAGUCACCCAUCUCCAGUCGCUCCUAACAUCCGCAAAGAUAAGGGUAAAGAGAGGGAAGUGUUACCCAGAAAUGUCGAAUUAAACAAAAAGCCAGAAAUAAGACAAGCGGAAGGCUCUACAAGUACCCAGUCUGAUAAUCAACAUAGAAAAAACAGGUCAUGGUUUGUCGGGGAAGGUGAUGACAAUAAACCGGCAAUGGACCGUGUCAAGGACUUUUUGUUGGAGAACAACGGCAAGUACCUUGAUAUAUGGAGUGAAGCGACAAAACUCUUCUACCAAACGGGUGCAGGAGUUAAAGGCGACGUCCCAGGUGUAAGCAUGUCCGAAGAGUUCAAGAAAACACUAUUGGAAAAUUGUCCCAAGUACUUCGAAUUUGAACUACAUCUUUCUGAUAGGUUUACGGACGACUCUUGGCCUGCGGACACAGGAACUAUUCAAGAUAAGCCUUUCAAUAAAGAAACGUUUAUUGCGAGUACUCACAAUAAGCGAUCGAUUGAUGACGUUGCCGGUGAAGAGUCUGAGGAGGAUAACGAAGAUAAAAAGAGCAAAAGAAACAAAAAACAAAAAAAACAAAAACUCCUAUGUAUGAUGAGCUUAUGGAACGUUUUGCAAUUGAAACUGGAGCUAAUGGCAAUAGUGCUGGUAGAAGUGAAUCAGGUUCGAAUGCUACCAAUGACAGUGAAAAGUCGACGUCUGUUGCGGCUCUGGAAACAUGCAUAAAAGAAAGAAUAAAGCAGA